GGGCGGGACGGCGGGACGCCCCCUCACCCCCCCGCGGCCGGUGACACCCCCCCCCAUCCCCCCAACGGCGGAGGAUGGCGGGGGGGGGCAAGCCGAGGGGAGGGAGCGGGCUACCGACAUCCGGGCCCUUCGCUCGCCGCCGCCAGCCGCGGGUCAGCGCCGCCGCCGGACGGGCAGGCUCCAAGGCUGACCCUGCUGAGACCCCCUGAGAUACUGAACCCUAUGGGAGUGGAGACCACUUGACUGCACUCAGCACCUUUCAGGAUCAAGCCCUAGGAAAUGGUCAGGGGAGCAAAGGGAGCAUCGCCGGAGAUUUGAAACGAAAACAAGGGUACCGGGCACUAAAUGAGAAUAUGGCCAAUGGCAUUGAAGAUCUUAUCGGGAUCCCAUUCCCGAACCACAGCAGUGAAGUCUUAUGUGGCUUAAAUGAGCAGCGGCAUGACGGUCUCCUCUGCGAUGUCAUCCUCAUUGUCCAGGACCAGGAGUACCGGACCCAUCGGUCCGUCCUUGCUGCCUGCAGCAAGUACUUCAAAAAACUCUUCACUACCGGCACUUUAACAGACCAGCCCUAUGUUUACGAGAUUGACUUUGUCAAGCCUGAAGCACUUUCUGCCAUCCUCGAAUUUGCCUACACCUCAACCCUCACCAUCACCACCUCAAAUGUCAAGCACAUCCUCAGCGCUGCCAAGAUGCUGGAGAUCCAGUGCAUUAUCAAUGUAUGCCUUGAAAUCAUGGAGCCCGACAGAGAGGCGGAAGAGGAAGAUGACAAAGAGGACGAAGAUGAGGACGAAGACGAAGAUGAAGACGAGGAGGAAGAGGAGGAGGAGGAGGAAGUGGAAGAUUUUGUCAAUCAGGAGAACCUAACCGAUGUCCAAGAAGUAAGCUGUCACCAAAGCCCUUCUAAGUCUGAUCUUACCGAAGAAGCAUAUACAGAAGCGCCUAAAGACUUUCCAAAUCACUACCCAGCCAAUAACUCCUCUGGACACUUGGGUGUGAUACGAGACUUCUCCAUCGAGUCCUUGCUAAGGGAAAACUUGUACCCUAAGGCGAACAUCCCGGAAAGGAGGCCAGCUCUCCCUCCUUUCACCCCUAGCUUCUUCCCCCACCUAUGGAACGGCGAUUUUAGCUCUUUCUCCCAGCUCGAGGAGCCGCAAGUAGACAACGGCCCUUUGGAUCUGGUCAUCAAAAAGAGGAAGAUCAAGGAAGAGGAGGAGAAGGAAGACCUGCCUCCGCCUCCUUUCCCUAAUGACUUCUUCAAGGACAUGUUUACCAACAUGCCAGCAGCUCCCUUAGGGCAUAUUAAGGCGGAGACAGACUAUAGCGCUUAUCUCAAUUUCCUAAGUGCUACCCAGUUCGGAGGAGUUUUUCCCCCGUGGCCCCUGGAGGAAGAGAGGAAGAUAAAGCCCAAGGCGUCCCAGCAGUGUCCCAUCUGCAACAAAGUCAUCAUGGGAGCCGGCAAGCUGCCCAGGCACAUGAGGACCCACACGGGAGAGAAGCCGUAUAUGUGCAAUAUCUGUGAAGUCCGCUUUACCAGGCAGGACAAGCUCAAAAUCCACAUGCGGAAGCACACGGGGGAGCGGCCGUACCUCUGCAUCCACUGCAACGCCAAAUUCGUGCACAAUUACGACCUGAAGAACCACAUGCGCAUCCAUACGGGCGUCCGGCCCUACCAGUGCGAGUUCUGCUACAAGAGCUUCACCCGCUCCGACCACCUCCACCGCCACAUCAAACGCCAGAGCUGCCGGAUCGCGCGACCCCGGCGAGGACGCAAGCCGGCGGCGUGGAGGGCGGCCGGCUUGCUCUUCGCUCCUGGUGGUCCGCCGGUGGAGAAGAGCUUCAUGAUGCCACCGACGUUGGAAGAGAUGAGUGGCCACCUCGGUGGCACGGCCAUGUGCCUUCCGGGCCCCAGCCCCAAGCACUUUUUGAGCGGGGCCAAGACCACCUUCAGCCUGCAGGAGCUGGAGAGCCAGUUUGAAGAAACCCAGAUGAAGCUCCUCAGGCGAGCCCAGCUGGACAUGGAGAGGAACGCGGGCAUCUUCGCCUUCGCCCUGGGCCAUAAUGAAAACCUUGCUGCCCAGCCCUUCUUCCCCCUUCCCGAUCCUUGGAGCACGGGCUUCAGCGGCUUGGCGGGGCUCGGCCACAUGGCUCCCAUCUCGGAGGCGAGCAACUAAACCCGUGCCCGGUCCCACCAUGGGUCCGUUCCCUUCCCAACAGGGCAAACGGCCCCCUUGGGGUCCCUGCCUGCCCUUUUGCAUCGUUUGGCUCCCAAGAAGCUCUUCGUCCCCCCGCCACCAUGGCCUACGUGGGGCUUGGGGCACAGGGCCAUCCCUGGGAUGAGCGGGUGGGUGGGCGAGUGCUGCGCCCCAUGGCCACCGGCACUUUAGACUCUGCAAUGCACUUGGCUCUGGGGCUGUGGGGCACUCGCUACCCCAUCCAGCCACCCCACCACUCGUGGCUCCAUCUGGGAAGGCCAGGCCAGGACUGCUACUCUCUUCAAGACACCCGAAAACGUCACUUGCCUUCAUCCAGGGCAUGGCCAUCACCAUGAGAUGGCUCUUCUGGGGGACACGUUCCCCCUUUUCCACCCAUAGGGCCUUCUGGACACCAACAAGCCGUCCAGACUUGGUUUUGAUACGUUACAUUCCUUGGCCCUUUUGGUCAAAAGGACUUUUUUUUUUUUUUUUUUAAUUAAUUCCCAUGUCAGGCAACAAGAUUUGUUCUACAAGGGAUAAAGAGGAGGGCGAAGCAGCCACGUUGAGAGGAGGAGGAUCCCAGCCGUUGCCUUUCUCAGCGGUGUAUCAGAUUUGCAGGGCUGGUGAAAGCCCUGCUGUGCAGGAUGACUUGGGACCCUAAAAAAAAUAAAUAAAUUAAAAAAAAAAAAAAAAAGAGAUAGAAAAGCACCCCGGAGCAAAGCUGGGUGGAAAAAGGGGUUUUGGAAGGAUCGGAAAUGUUUCGAUGCUGAGGAGUUUUUGAACCCUUGCUUUGCGAAAAUAAACCACGUGGGAAAUUUGAAAUGAAAAAGUUGUUUCAGACCAAAGAGUCACGAUUCCCCGCUGCUGGCCAUUCUGAAAUUUCUGGGGUUUUGUCCUUAGUUCCCCCUGAAUACAUAUUUUAAUGACAAAAAAAUUUCAAAACGCUCGAGUGUCCCCAAAUCCGCCGUGUCGACGGGAAAAAAUUGGGUGUGCAGAUUUCCCUGCUGCCUGCCUUCCAGGGAUCUUUGUGGAUAACGAGCCCACAGAAGGUUUCUUGCAGAUGAGAUUGUCGGCUUGCAAGCAAGUAGAAAUACUAUUUCUUCACCAUUUCGUGGUUCAAAAGAUGAGGCCGUAACAUAUGAUGGGGUGCUCCAAGGCUGAAGAUUGCCCAUGGUGGCCACCAGGUCUGGGGUCCUCCCCAGUAUCCCUGCAGACCCUGAGCUGGCCACCCCUACGUAAUAUUUCUUUUGAGGCCAAAAAAAGUGGCAGAUUGGCUGGAAUUGCCCCAUUAGCCUCCUUCAGCCCCUAAAAACAUGAGCUGCUCUCAAGGAUAAAGGUUUUGGUGGCCACCUGCCUCCAACGGCUCUUCUUAGAUGUGGUGGGACCCCAGUUUCACCACUGGCUGAGACGGCUUAUGAUGGGUGCCCCAGGAAGCUGGUUUUACAUGAAACCAGCUCUUGAAAAUGUAAAUGUUACAAAUUAGGGCUUUUUCUUUCUCUUUUUACUGUUAACCUUUCAACGUCAGCAGAAUCAAAGGGAAUGAGAGGACCGUGGGGGUCAUUAAUUUUUCGGUUUGCCCAUCGAUGGUGCCGCUUUGAAGUGGUGGCUGGAUGAGGGUCUCCCCACCGGAGCACGGAGGGGACACAAGGGCUCCGGGAUCCACAGCCCCCCAUGAGGGCACGAAGGACUUCUAUUCUGAGACCAUCCAGAGCGGAACGAUCCCAAGGAACCGCCCCAACGCUCGCUUCCUCCUCCCAAAAGACAUCCGCAAGGACUCCGCGUGCAACAAGUCAAUGGAGAGGGGAAAAAAAAAAAAAAACAAAAAAAACCCAAAAAAAGAAAAACAAAGAAAAAAAAAGAAGACUUCUUAA